AUGGUCACAAAUGGGUCUGAGCUGAACAGCACCGCGCCGGACCCCGACGACACAGACGCCGCCUCUCUGAGCCGCCCGCCGUGGGUCACCACAACUUUGGGCUGCUUCCUCAUCUUCACCAUCGUGGUGGACAUCCUGGGCAACCUGCUGGUCAUCUUCUCCGUCUACCGCAACAAGAAGCUCCGCAACGCAGGCAACAUCUUCGUGGUGAGCCUGGCGGUGGCCGACCUGGUGGUGGCCAUCUACCCCUACCCUCUGGUCCUGGCCUCCAUCUUCCACAAUGGCUGGAACCUGGGCUACGUCCACUGCCAGAUCAGCGGCUUCCUCAUGGGCGUCAGCGUCAUCGGCUCCAUCUUCAACAUCACGGGCAUCGCCAUCAACCGCUACUGCUACAUCUGCCACAGCCUCAAGUACGACCGGCUGUACAGCGACAAGAACUCGGUGUGCUACGUGCUGCUCAUCUGGGCUCUGACGGUGGUGGCCAUCGUGCCCAACCUGUUCGUGGGCUCGCUGCAGUACGACUCGCGCGUCUACUCCUGCACCUUCGAGCAGUCGGCCAGCUCGGCCUACACCAUCGCCGUGGUCUUCUUCCACUUCAUCCUGCCCAUCAUGAUUGUCACCUACUGCUACCUGCGCAUCUGGAUCCUGGUCAUCCAGGUGAGGCGGCGCGUCAAGCCCGACAACCGGCCCAAGCUGACGCCGCACGACGUCCGCAACUUCGUCACCAUGUUCGUGGUCUUCGUGCUCUUCGCCGUGUGCUGGGCGCCGCUCAACCUCAUCGGGCUGGCGGUGGCCAUCCGGCCCGAGGUGGUGGUGCCGCUCAUCCCCGAGUGGUUGUUCGUGGCCAGCUACUUCAUGGCCUACUUCAACAGCUGCCUUAACGCCAUCGUGUACGGCGUGCUCAACCAGAACUUCCGGCGGGAGUACAAGCGCAUCGUCGUGUCCGUGUGCACGGCGCGCAUCUUCUUCCAGGACAGCUCCAACGACGCCGGCGAGCGGCUGAAGAGCAAGCCGUCGCCGUCGCCGCUCAUGACAAACAAUAACCGGGUCAAGGUGGACUCGGUCUGAAGCGGGAAAACGACGACAAGAACAAAAACACAAACCAAAUAAGAAGGAAAAGCCUCAAACUGUGACACGGUGCUAACCGCGCUCUCCGAAAUCAUAACAGGGGUGCAGUUUCUCUUUGCUUUGUAGCUGUAGUACAGUGGCGAUAUGAUGUUUACAGUGGUGAUAUCAAUGUAUCAUUAGUAUUAUAUCCACUAUUGAUUUUCUAUCAAACAAUGUAGACAUAUUAGUAAAUGACAAUAUAUCAGGUUCCAGCUACGCCGAGGCAGACGAGACUUUUUUCGCUCUCAUUGGUGACGCGCCAUGUGAGGCUUGUUGACGUUAACACGCCCCCCGCAAUAUUAUCCCCUUCAUUCAGCGGAAUAUAAUAUUUUAGUAACCAGGGUCUCUCUGCCAUCCUGUGAUCUCAUUCUAUACUGUUUGCAUGGAUAUCAGGAAUUGUUCAUAAUAUGCAAAAUAAAAUAAAAAUGGGACAUUUG